AAACACAAGAAACGAGGUUAAGAUCGAGUGCUACGCGGAGUACAAUAAGUAUCCCCCUUUCUCUUCUCUAAGGGUUUUAGGGAUUUGCUCACUGCACGACACGGCUUUUAGGCGUCUGCCGCUUCUUCUUCUUUCUUCUUCUUCGUUCUCCCAAGGGUUUUAGGGUUUCGAUUGUGCCGUCAUGGAUCCUUAUGGAACGGAAACAGUUAUCGAAGAUGAAAUCCAGGAUCCUAAACCAUCCGAUGAUGUUGAAGACGAUGACGACAAAUCUCAGCCUCACUCUGGUGGCGGCGUCGAUAGUGCUGGAAAGAUAUUUGUUGGAGGUUUAGCCAGGGAGACAACUUCAGCUGAGUUCGUCAAGCAUUUUGGGAAGUAUGGAGAGAUCACUGAUUCUGUCAUUAUGAAGGACAGGAAAACUGGACAGCCCCGAGGGUUUGGGUUUGUCACAUACGCUGAUGUCUCUGUGGUCGACAAAGUUAUGGAGGACAAUCACAUUAUCAUUGGGAAGCAGGUUGAAAUUAAGCGGACAAUACCAAGAGGAUCCGUGAGCUCUAAUGAUUUCAAAACCAAGAAGAUAUUUGUUGGUGGGAUUCCUUCAUCUGUGGAUGAUGAUGAGUUCAAGGAAUUCUUUAUGCAAUUUGGAGAGCUAAAGGAACAUCAGAUUAUGCGUGAUCACUCAACUGGAAGAUCACGUGGCUUUGGGUUUGUUACAUAUGAAAGUGAAGAUAUGGUUGAUCAUCUCUUGGCCAAAGGGAACAGAAUUGAGCUCUCAGGGACUCAGGUUGAGAUAAAGAAGGCAGAACCAAAAAAACCAAACUCAGUUACAACCCCGUCAAAGCGGUUUGGUGACUCUCGCUCUAACUUUGGUGGAGGUUAUGGAGAUGGUUAUGGUGGCGGUGGUGAAUAUGGUGGUCCAGGUGGUCCAGGUGGUCCUUACAAAUCAGGUGGUGCCGGCUAUGGAGGUGGCCGGUCUGGUGGUUAUGGAGGAUACGGAGGAGAAUUCGGUGGGUAUGGCGGUGGUGGAUACGGUGGUGGCGUGGGACCUUAUAGAGGAGAACCAGCACUUGGAUAUUCUGGUCGUUAUGGAGGAGGCGGCGGCGGUGGUUACAACAGAGGUGGUUACGGUAUGGGAGGAGGCGGUGGGUACGGUGGUGGACCUGGUGAUAUGUAUGGCCCGCCAUACGGUGAACCUGGAGGUGGGUAUGGUGGACCAAGUGGCAGUUAUGGAGGCGGUUAUGGUAGUAGUGGUAUUGGUGGAUAUGGGGGUGGAAUGGGUGCUGCUGGUGGCGGAGGCUACAGAGGUGGACUUGGAGGUGGAGGCGGAGGAGGUUACAAUGGCGGUGGAGGAAGCGGGGGAGGAUCAUUUUAUGGAGGAGGGGGAAGUAGAGGCGGAUAUGGAGGCGGUGGCAGCGGACGGUACCAUCCUUAUGGAAGGUAGAGAGUUUGAUAAAAGCUCCAAACUUCUUCUUACUCGUUCCGUCAUGCUUAGUUUGUGUAAUGGUUAUCAAGAUUGAUGAUAGCUAGUUAUUGUAUUCUGAGAGAGAGAGAGAGGAGGAGGCUUUUAGGGCUUUUGGUUCCCCCCCUGAGUAGUUUACAUACAUUUUUAGAAAAUUAUCUCGACUUAACAGUGUGCCAGAUUAUUAUUUUUUUGCGUAGAACUCGUCUGGCAACUUUAGACUUAGCUUGUAUCACAACGAUUUUGAGUUUUUGACUCGAAUCUUGUUAGACUCGCUAUGUAGUCUUGUUUGUAACGUUAUCAUUAGAAGCCUCUGUAUAAAUCGG